AUGGAAGGUAUAGGGGACAUAGCCGAUCAUCAAUCGCGUAGCGAGCAAUUACUGGACUCGGUCGAUUCCCCGGCCGCCGUUUCUACGCAUGGCCGGGGGACAACCGGUGGGGGUGGCUCGAAUGGGAACUGUGGCGGCGCAGGUGGAGGAGGAGGAAGUGGUAGAGGAACGGUGGUCGGUGGGGGUGGUAGUAGUAGUAGUAGUGGUAGUAGUGGUAGUAGUGGUAGGCAUCACCAUCAUCACCACCACCAUCAUCAUCACCACCAUCAUCACCAACAUCAACAACAGCUGCAACAACAACACCAACAACACCAACAACACCAACAAACGAGUCAUCAUCUUCAUCCACAGCAACAACAACAGCAGCAGCAGCAUCAUCAUCAUCAUCAUCGGCAUCGGCAACAGGAAGGAGAGGGAACGGUGGGGGCGGGAGGAGGCAGACACAUCGUGGUCGUGGGCGGUAGUGGUAGUGGUGGUGGCGGAGGUGGAGGUGGCAGCGCAGAGGGUAUGUCGUCUUCCGCGUCGCAAAGUCCCGACAUCGCGUGCGCGAGCUUGCCGCUGGAACUACUGGCGGCUGGCGCGCUCGGCGUCAAGGAGGAGCGAGAGCUCGCCGCCGCGGAGGAUCUGUCGUCGUCCCAGGAGCCGACGGGAGGCAGUAGCGGUGGCAGCGGUAACGGAGGCGGUAGCAACGGGAACAGCAACAGCAGCAUCGGUAGUGGUAGCAGCGGCGGUGGUGGUGGCGGUGGCGGUGGCGGUGGCGGUAGUAACAUUGGCGGCGGCGGCGGCGGUGGUGGCGGCGGCGGCGGCAGCGGCGGCGGCGGCGGCAGCAGCAGCAGCAGCAGCAGCAGCAGCGUCGGCGGUAGUAGUAGCAGUGGUGUUGGUGGUGGUGGUGGUGGUGGUGGUGGAAGUGGUGGUGGUGGUGGUGGCAGUGGUGGUGGUGGCGGCGGCGGUGGUGGUAGCAGCGGUGGCAGCAGCAGCAGCAGCAGCACCAGCAGCACUAGCAGCAGCAGCAGCAGUGGCGGCAGCGGCGGAGGUGCCGUCGGUGGCGCCGGUGGUGGCAACGGAAACGGCGGCGGCGGUGGUGGCGGUGGCGGUGGUGGCGGCGGUGGCGGUGGUGGAGGUGGUGCCGGUGGUGGUAGUAGACAGAACGCGAGGGAGUCCCUGUCGGUGAUCGUGCCACCUCAGGACGUGGACGUGGACUCGCGCGACGCCGACUCGGAGCUCCUCAGUCCGGGCAAGCUAACGCCGACGUCGGGGAUAAGCGUCUCGGUCGCGAGUAUGAUCGACGCGACGGACUUCAGGGCGAUGCAGCCGGAGCCUACCUAUCAGACGCUGACCUCGGUCGCGGAGAGGAUGUCGCCGCCCGGGUUCAGCCCGGGCUCGUCUUACGCGACCCUGACGCCGUUACAGCCGUUACCGCCGAUCUCCACGAUGAGCGACAAGUUUGUGUACAGUGCACACGCGGCGGGCGGCGUGACCGGUAGUUUCGCGGUCAUGCAGAACAACGGCCUCGGGAACAUCGGCCUCGGUAUGGGUGGCUCGCCGUACGCGUACGACAAAUUGCCGACGAUGAGCAUGUCGCCGCCGCACAAUUAUCCUUCGCCGGGCGCCGGCCUUCAACCGAGCCCAUUGUCGCCCCAGAGCGCCUACAGCCAGAGCGGAUUGAACUCGCCGCACAAAUCCGCCAGCCCUCACUACGAUCCGGCCUUUUUGCCGAGGUUGCAGCAGAGCCCGGCGGCGUUGAGCCCAUCCUCGCCGCCGGCCGUCUCGGCGACGGCAAGUUUCGCGCCUUCUCAUCAUUCCCCGCCCACGCAUUCGGUGCCCGCUGCCUCGCCACCACCUAUGCAGACCCAGUUGCAGCAGCAGCAGCAGCAGCAACAGCAGCAACAGCAGCAGCAGCAGCAGCAGCAGCAACAGCAACAGCAACAAUCGAUCCAACAGCAACAGACGAUAUCGCACACGCAGCACGUGCAACACACGUCGGUCGUGAUGAAGACCGUGUCGUCGGCCGGGAACGGGGCCGGCGAGGUCGAGGAGAUCAACACUAAGGAGUUGGCGCAAAGGAUCAGCGCCGAGUUGAAGAGGUACAGCAUACCCCAGGCGAUAUUCGCCCAGAGGGUUUUGUGCCGUAGCCAGGGCACGCUCAGCGAUCUGCUACGCAACCCGAAACCCUGGUCCAAGCUCAAGAGCGGCCGCGAAACUUUCCGACGGAUGUGGAAGUGGCUACAGGAGCCCGAGUUUCAGAGAAUGUCGGCUUUGCGGCUAGCAGCCCUGAGCAACUGCUCUGCCGAGAGCGGAGGCGAGCCGGAUGCCAUGCUGGAUAUCCACCACCCAGGAACAGGUCUCGAGUCUCAUCACCAACAGUUUCACAACUCAUAUGCUGCACAGAUUCCACAACGCGGAGCAUGCAAGAGGAAAGACGAGAUGGCGAACCAGGCAGAACACCAACAGCCCGCCCCCAAGAAACCGCGCCUGGUUUUCACAGACCUUCAGCGCCGUACUCUACAGGCUAUUUUUAAAGAGACGAAGAGGCCGUCGAAAGAGAUGCAGGUGACAAUCGCUAGGCAGCUGGGCCUGGAGCCGACCACGGUCGGCAACUUCUUCAUGAACGCUCGACGCCGCUCCAUGGACAAGUGGAAGGACGAGGAUCCGAAGACCGUCGCGGUCGAGGAGGGGCAGCUAUCGCCCACGAUAGGUAUCGGGCAACGGCAACCAAGCGACGUUUUGUGACACACGUCCGACCACGAGGAGUACCACGACGAGUCGCCCGAGGAAGACCUCCCCUUCUCGUAAGGGGGUCGCGGAUUUCGCGCGCGACGCGGCGAUUAUCACCACUCGAGACGCUCGACUGCUGACCUGGAACGUCAGUUUUCGGCCAUAUAUUCCCAGUUUCCACUCGUCGCCCCCCCGUCGUCGUGGGAUCGCGGGCGCGCGGGGCCCCUCCCCCUCCCCCUCCCCCCAAAAAAGACACGGAGAGAAAGAGAAAGAGAGAGAGAGAGAGAGAGAGAGAGAGAGAAAGAAACGGAGAAAGGGCAAGUCACGUCGACGUAGCGGGGAUUUUACGUAUAUAUAAAUAUAUAUAUAUAUAUACAUAUUCGAAUUUUUCUCCCCUCAAAGGGGGCCUAGCUGCCUAGAUUAACGAUUCGUUCGUGUAUAUAUAUAUAUAUAUAUAUAUAUAUAUAUAUAUAUAUAUACAUAUUCGUGGAUAGAGAAUUUUGAGGGGGAGGGGGGAAGACGGAUGUUGUCGCAACACGCUAGGUUUCGCGGUUUACGUCCUGUUGAGUGGAAGGGGAAGGGAGGGGAAGAGUGGGGGAUUAGGAAAGGAAG